CUUUUUUUGGUUAGAAAGAACGAGACAAUGUUUCACAGUCCCUGGAUGUGAAACAAGGGUCUUUGGUGACGUAGAUUACUGUUCUAUCUCAGCAACUAACCUUGCGCAACAUCACACCUCACUUCCACCACGAAUAUAACUCUCUCUCCCCCUCACAAUCUAUCCUUCCACGUGGCAAUUAAUUCACCCAAUAUCUUAAUCGUAUAUUAUGCGCCCACACAUUUUAACUUAAAAACUGAUGAAACAGUAAACAGCAAACAGUAAAACAGCGAACAGCAUGGCAGACCCAGUCCUUACCUCCCCUCUCAACGUCACAACCCCCGAGCCAGCAGGAAUCAUGGAAUUCAAGACAGACGAUCUGGAGACUAUCAAAUCUUCCAUCAUCCUACGAAGUCCAAGGAAGUACUCCCUCGCCCCCUCUACGGAAUGGCAAGCUCCUCCACUGGAGUGGCUAGAAGGCACCUGGUCGGUAACACACAGCACUUUGCCCAUGUGGAGAAAAGCAAAGAACGUGCGCAUCACUUAUAAAAUCCUGCCUCCGUCUUCACCCGACGGCCCAGUGUGUCUCGAUGAUACGGUCGAGUCGGUGCCCACGGAGAAGACCUGGAUGCCGCAGCCGAAAGCGAUUCAUGGCGUUGAUACGCCGGAGGGAGACGGGGCUUGGGCGUGGAGGGGGAAGGGGUUAUUGAAGAUUGCGAGUAGUAGGUGGGAGGUUUUGGGGUGGGGAGAGCGGGAGGACGAGCGGUGGGUGGUUACGUGGUUUGCGCCGAGUUUAUUCACGCCUGCUGGUGUGGAUGUUUAUUCAAGCCGCAAGGAGGGGGUUAGUGAGGGGUUGUAUGGGGAUAUUGAGGGGGCUUUGCAGGAGCUGGGGGCGAAGGAGGUGGCGGAGUUGUGUAAGAGUGAGAUGAUGGCUGUUAAGAUUGAGUAUUAG